AUGCCCAAGAAAUUUUCAGAUGAGCCAGUUGAAUAUGAAUCAUUAGGUCGUUAUGAAUCUCAAGAACAUUUGAAUUUAUCAGCUCAAAGAAUAAUAUCAAGUUCACCAUCUGAUCAUACUGUUAUUUUUAGUUUUUAUGAUGGAAGAUUCCAAUUAUCACUAGCUCAAUUGCGUUAUUUCACAUUUUUAAGUAUUGAUAUAUCAAUUUUAUGGCCAUGGAAUUGUUUUCUAUCAGCAUCUGUUUAUUUUAUUAAGAAAUUUGGAGCUGGUUCAAAUUUAAGUAAUAAUUACAGCUCAACUAUGAUGACUGUAUCUACAUUAACAAGUUUUGCAUUGAAUAGUUAUUUAUCAACAAAACAAUUUGCAAAUUUUGUUAAUAGAAUUAAAUUAGGAUGUUUGAUAAAUUUUAGUAUUUUCAUUAUACUAUCUUUAAUUGAACUUUUUUGGCCAACUUUAAACAGUGGAAGUUAUUUCACUUUUGUCAUGUUGUUAAUUUUAUUAAGUUCAGUAGGUACAUGCUUCCAACAAAAUGGUUGUAUGGCUAUUGUUAAUGUAUUGGGUCCAAUUUAUGCACAAGCUGUGAUGGUUGGUCAAGCAAUUGCCGGUGUUUUACCAUCAAUUGCAUUAAUGUUAUCAAAUUUAUUAUAUCCAAGUAAAUCAGAUGAUUCAAAUGGAGGUAUUGUUAUAUAUUUUGUUGCAACUUCAAUCAUAACCUUAAUUUCAAUUCUUUUAUUAUUAAUUACAAACAGAUAUAAAGAUGAUCUUGGAACUGAUAUUGAACAUGAAUCACCAAUCUCAUCACAACAACAACCUUCUGAAUAUGUUCCAUUUGCAGUUUUAUUUGAUAAAUUAAAAUUCAUUGUCUCUUCCAUUUUCACAAUAUUUGUCAUUACUUUAGUUUUUCCAGUGUUUGCAUCAAAUAUAACAUCAGUCAAUCCAAAUUGGGGGAAACUAACAUCAGAUAACAUUUAUAUUCCAUUCAUUUUCCUUGUAUGGAACCUAGGUGAUCUAGCUGGGCGUAUGGUCUGUGCAUAUCCACAAUUUGUGAUAUCAUCAGAUCGGAAAUUACUGUUAUAUUCAGUUCUUAGGUUUGUCAAUGUUCCUUUAUUCUUUUUUUGCAAUUUAUCCAAAAAUAAGGGAAAUCCAAUAGUUGACUCAGACUUAUUCUAUAUACUGUUACAAUUCACUUUUGGUUUCACUAAUGGUCACAACUUAAGUUGUUGUUUCAUGAAUGUUGCCAACUAUGUGGAUGAUGAGCAGAAAGAAGCAGCUGGUGGAUUCACCACCAUUUUCUUGAGUUUGGGAUUGGCAGCUGGAAGUAUCUUCAGUUACCUUUUUGUGCUUAUAAUAAGCUGA